AUGCCCGGUGUCAUUAUGGAGAAUGCCGGUGUUGAUGGAUCUUUGCGACAGUCUGGUCUUAAUGACACGACAAAUGGCGCACCGAGCCACGACAAAUCCCAUCAGCUCCCUGCUCCCAUAAACGGGCCGGUCCAUGUGAAUGGCAUGAGUAAGGAUGUCACGGCUUUGAGUCAAACUUCAAAAACGGCAGCCCAAAGCAUGGAUCGCCCCGCAACGGCAUUUGAGCUACCACAUAUCACUCAAGGUUUCUUCCCAUUCGGUACACUUGUGAACCGAGCAGCGCAACAAUGUUGGAUUGAUCUCUCAGAGUUGGUGACGGAGUUGGCUUCAGUAUCAGUCUCCUCUGAAACAUCCUCUCUUCCAGCUGCGAAUGGGAAGCCUCUGGGGAAUCAGUCUGUGGAAAAUGUGAACAAGAAAGUACGAAUCUUAGACUUUGCACACGCUAAGAGGGCCGAAUUCAUCAAGCUCCUGGUUCUCUCACAAUGGAGUCGCCAGGCCACGGAGGUUAGUCGGCUCAUUGAUAUUCAAGGCUUCAUUCGCGCUCGACAUCAAGCGUAUCUCUCCGCGGUUCAAUAUGUUGGUGAGAUGAAGCGAGAUCUCGUUCGAGCGCAGGUAGCCAAUCCAGAUCUCAAAACUGCUUUAGAGGUUCUCUCCAAGGGCCGGGUAGUGACUCUUCCAGAUCUUGGCUACAAGCCUCCCAAACCUUUAACCGCAAGGGCGACUUUGAAAAAACUACACAAAAUCAAUCGUAUCAUCAGCGUGCGGUUGGCAUUAUAUGAUCAAGUACCGCCUCCAUUGCGGAACUAUCGUGUCCAUGACGGUCGCGUAACAUUCACCGUACCUGGAGAAUUUGAACUUGAUCUUUCGGUUGCAGAAGAGGCAAACACAUCCCAAUUCUUCUUCGUGGACAUCCGUUUCCUUUUUUCACCAUCUUCUCCUAUUCCGAAAGGGAGAAUCUUCGACCAGCUUGAUGCUAAAAUCAACGAAAUAUUACAUACUGAUGGCUUGAUGGGAUGCUUUGAUUUUCUUCAUGGUUUGGUAUUGACCAACAAAAUCAACACGCUUUUUAAACAGGCUGCAGACCUUGCUCGGGGUCUAUGGUUAGAUGCAUUGCGCAUUGAGCUUCUUCGUCGGACACUGGUUGUUCAGUACUGGCCAGCAAGGGCCGGGCCAAAGAGCUGGCUAGAGAUCGGUGUUCAAAGAGGCCUGCGAAACAAUGUGAUGGAUAGUCCGAGCAACAAAGUUCCUCGAAUAGGGCUUCGUUGGAUGCGGGAUGGUCAGCAGGCAAACAGCAAUGCUGUCCAUUUCGAUUCCAAUGAGCUUUCCAUGGAGCGCCUUCUGCGAAGCGUCAUCGCCUUGCACACCUCACAUUUGCUCUCCACCGCGUAUGCCGCCCUGAAUAAAAGCCUACUUUUCUCCAAUCACGUGCUUUCAUUACGUGCCCAAUUAUCCUCUACAGAACCUGGCGAAUGCCACCUUGAUGUACAACUAACAUCAUCUCGUUCUCUUCGGGUUUCUGUCGAACCUUUGUCGGGGACGAUCACACUGUCUGGUGCGCCAAUGGCAUUAGAUCGCCUUGAGCCCGAGCGACAUUCCAAUAAGUCGGCAAUUGACGAACUUCUAACGCGUGUUGCCCGUCUGCGAUGUGCCACUGCGAUUGAGGAAAUCGAAUGUGGCACUAAAGCUCUCGGCUUAGAGAAUGUUGAUCAAAGAGGCUUGGGGCUUGACAUUCGUCGCCUGUUUCCUUUAAACACUAUGCGUUCUGCCUUUUUCACCCACCCCCUUUGGGACCGUCGUUGGGUUGUUGCGGCCACGAGUAGUAUGGAUGGCGAUAGCUGGUGGUUGGUUCAACUUCGUUCUGCGGAGUCGAAUAACACGUCGCCUGCCCACCCAGUCAGUACCACUCUAAUGUCCACACAACGACAGUUCGACUACCUGGCAUGCGCAGAAUUACUGCAUGCUCUGACAGGCAUGUUGGCAAUCUAUGCUAAUGCCCGGUUCUUGGCAGAAAUCCCCGACUCGCACUUUUAUCCUUCUCUGAAGGGAUUGCAGCUGGGUUCAGAUCUUCAAGUACCGGACAUGAUUUUUCGCUACAAGCCAGCCGCACUUCCUUCCUCUUUUCGAAUAGCAUUGCCUGCUGGGAUAGACCAGGGUUCCUAUUUGCAGGAUACUGUACGUCUCUCGUUCCAUGGAGUUGACCGUCAGAACCAGUCAGCUGUUCUUGUGGCCUAUGGUGGUCUCCGAUAUCGUGUCAACUCCCUUCUUUCACUGAUAUCCAAGGCGAAUCCCUCAAUUCUCAUGCAAAACAAAGGUUCCGGAUUUGCCCUCCGCUUGCUCGUCCCGGCUGGGACUUCCAUCAUGGUUAGCCUGUUUGAACGCCUGCAACGGUUUGACUGCGUUCUUUCAAUCCUCCAGUCUUUGAUACAGCAGGGAAUGGAACCCCGGUCAUUAUCUCUCUCCCAGGUUGCAUUCUUGUACGGACCCGACCAGAAGUUUGCUGCUCGGUUUGACAUUGAUGUUUCUUCACCUUCACUUUCCGAUUGCGUUGACGCACCUCACGCUGUGUUCAAUACCGAUCCAAUAUUCCGCCGACAUCUGAAGGUCAAUUUCGACAGCCCCAGUCCUCAUCGUCGCAUUCAGGAACCACUUACCGUGGCUUUAAACCAUCGUUUCUCGGAGACGGGCGUGGACUCAAUUCUUGGGUUCAUGACCGACACUUUUCCACUCUUACAGUGUCUGGAUCAACUCACUAGAGCCCUUCCGACGGAAUCCUCAACCGUACAUGUCAUUGCACGCAGUCCGAUGGUCUUCCAAUUCCAUUACCCUCGACUGAACUAUCGAUUUCGGUUAUCUGCACGCCCCAGGCAAGGCCGUAGGGUGUGGCUACUUGAAGAUUCUAAUCGGUCUAACUCGCCUGAAGACAGCCAUUCCGCAAGUACGGUUAAAGACAAAAUCUACAACUCGAAAGGCGAUGGCUGGCAGGGAAUGGGCGAUGGCGCUGUUUCUUCCCUUGAAAAAAUUGGCAAUCUCCUUUGCGAGUUGCAUUCAUCUUUGAGCGCAUGCCCCCCUGAGCCCAUGCAAACAAUCGAAAGGCAAGGCGAGCAGGCUAGCACAGCUGAGCAACAUUCACAAGGACACGCUGUGAUUAAUGCCAACCUAGAAAUUGCGUCACCUCAAAAAACAGAUAUCCGGGGCAAUGCCGAUGUCAUUACGAUUGACUAA